AAUCCCCAGCCUUCUUCCGUUUCAAUGCUCCCUCACCCCUGUCUCUUGAUUCAUCAUCACCCCCUCGACAAUGUUACCAUGCAUCAACUGGCUGCAGCCUCUCCUCGCCUUGAUCUCCUCCACUUUGCUCACACAAAGCCAGAAUUGCCCCCCCAGCUGCCUUUGUCCGGACCCCCACACCGUGGACUGCACUGGCCUCGGCCUCACCACAGUCCCAGACUCCAUCCCUCUGAAUGUCCGCCGGCUCCUGCUCUCUAACAAUGGGAUUCUCUGGAUUCCUUCAGAUUUUCUGGUCCUCUACAGCGAUCUGGUCUACCUGGACAUGAGGAACAACUCUUUGUCUCAGCUGGAGCCAGGGACCCUCAGCACAUCCUCCAGAUUAGUCUUCUUAGACCUGGGUAGUAACAACCUGACAGAAAUCCCCUCGGGAACGUUCGGAGAGUCGAAAAGUUUGAUCAAACUGCGACUGGGGAGCAACCCCUACCUCAGCCUGGUGGGAUCGGAUGCUUUCAUGGGGCUGACGUCUCUGAGGGAGCUGGACAUGGAGAAGAACGGCCUCACGGUGCUGGACGUCCAGGCGCUGGAGCCACUGUCCUCCCUCCGAGUCCUGCGUCUGGAGGGAAACCCCUGGUUCUGCAGCUGCCACUUCGCAAGCCUGUUUGUGUGGCUGACGGAGAACCAGAACAAGCUUUCAACGGGUCUGAGAGGGAUCGAGUGCUCACUGCCGGACGGCGGAGGUCGUAUUCCUUUGAGCCUUUUGUCUGAAGACAGCUUCAGGGAGUGCCGAGGAAUCCUUACUCUCACCGACUACCUCAUCGUCAUCUUCUCGGGUAUCUGUGUGUCAGUGACGGCCAUCGUGGCAAGCUUCUUCCUCGCUUCGACAGUCCAUUGUUUUCAACGCCUCAGUAAAGGUGGCAAAGGAGACGAGGAGGAGGGGAAAGACUGA